AUGGCUACGGAUUGGGAAGACGCCGAGAUUUUGGCUCAAGGAUUUCGGCUCGAGGUGCGCGUUUCCCCAGGGGUGCGCCACGAUUCUAAACAGAACUUCCCGCUGUGCCCGCUCCCCUCACUCCGCCUCUCUGGGCUGGCAGCCCGGCCAUGGCUUCUUCGGAUGAUGGCGACGCGCGACGGCCUGGUACCCCUGUCGGGCAGUUGUUCAAACAGCAUAGGGUCCACAGUCCAUUUCAUGAAAUGGACGGGCUCGAUGCUGACAGUGGACCAGCCGAUGAAUUUCAACUACAGCAGCAGCAACAACGCCGAGGGCAACUUCCUGAUCUCCCAGGAGCCGCAGCUCUCGCCAACGAACCUCUAA